ACUAAACUGGUUGUACAAGGCUAAAAGAAGAACACAACCUCAAACAGAUAAAUUACGAAAAAUUUUAUUACAUAUUAUAAAAUAGUGCUGAUUAUAAAACUAAUGAAAACAUUAAAAAUUGUGUUAACAAUUGUUUUUUUAUAAGAAUCAAUUAACAAUUUAUAUUUAAAUUCUUAUACACAAAUUUCGUCGAACGAAGCUUUAGAAGAAUUCAAAACAAAAACAGGACAAACGCACAGCAACAACGAAAAAUUGUAAGUCUAACGAAUAAAUAGUGACUAAUGACUAGAAUAGGAAGAAUUAUACAAAAAGCUCAUGGAUCAAAUGAUAGAUAAUGAAAAAAUAAAUCAAAUAAUGCGUAAAGAUUAUUUCUGCACGUCAAAUUCAAAAAAUCGUCCGUAUUUUAUAACAACUUUAUACUUGAUAGAGUAUAAAUCAUUUAUAAGAAUAUAUAAAGAUAUACGGCUGUCUUUUUCAUAAUUAACAAAAAGAAGCUUCACAAUGUUAAAUAGCAGGCAAUCGCUACGAGAUUGACUUGUAAAAAAAAAAAAAGAAAUAAAAAUUGGAUUAUUUAACAAAUAUUUAAAAUAAUUACUAUAAUUAUGGAUGAGAUAAAAGUGGCGAACUUGGGCCAAGCGGCAUCAGCCGCAUGCUCGAUGGCUACAAAUUUCUUGGCGCCAGUGAAGACCGAACGGCAGAUCUACGAGAAUUCGAUGCUCGAGGACGAUCCUAAUGCCAAUUCGGUGGUAUCAACUUCACAAGAAGACAGAACCGUACCGAGAUGGGGUCCCAAUCACAAGGGUGCUCAAGAAUUGGCAAAUCUUUAUAGCACUGGAAAAAGAACACAAGAAUGCAUUUGUGUCGGCAUCUGCAUUACACUCAUUAUAAUUAAUUCAAUAUUUAUUCUUGUCAGAUUAAGAUUAGAAAAUUUGAGCUCAAUAGUAAUAGCAGCAUUUUGUGGCAUUGUUACUGCAGAUUUUGGAUCUGGAUUAGUUCAUUGGGCUGCCGAUACAUGGGGUUCUGUAGAACUUCCAAUUCUUGGAAAGAAUUUUUUAAGACCAUUUCGAGAACAUCACAUUGAUCCAACAAGUAUAACAAGACAUGAUUUUAUAGAAACUAAUGGUGAUAAUUUCAUGGUCACAAUUCCAUUCCUUUAUAAAUUAACAUGGGAUUUCUUAACUCUCCCAGAAUCAGAAAUACAACAAAAAUUUGUGUGGACUUGUUAUUGGUUUCUACUUGCAAUUUUUGUAGCAAUGACUAAUCAGAUACAUAAAUGGUCACAUACAUAUUUUGGAUUACCUUCCUGGGUUGUUUGGUUACAAGAACAUAGAAUUAUAUUACCUAGAAAACAUCAUCGUGUACAUCAUGUUGCACCACAUGAAACUUACUUCUGCAUUACUACUGGAUGGUUAAAUUGGCCACUAGAACAACUUCGUUUUUGGUAUAUUUUAGAAAUUAUAAUUGAAAAAGCUACUGGCUGUAAACCUAGAGCAGAUGAUUUAAAAUGGGCACAAAAAAGAUCUUGAGAAUUAAUAUAUUUUAUUAUUUUAUGCAUUUUUAUGGAUAAAAAGAAAAUUUAACAAGAAAUGAAAUUUUCCAUGAAUUUAUAAUUUCAUGGACUAAUAUAGAAAGAAAUUUCAAAUAGAAUAUGCUAAAAGGAAAGUUAAAUCCAUAUUGUAAUUUUUUUCUUAUAUUUAGCACUACGAGGCCUUUCCUACAAAAUAGGUAGCGUAAUUAAAGACAUUUAGUAUUACUUAAACAUGCUUUUGAAGUUUACACAUUUAUAAUAUAUAUAUAUAUAUAUAUAUAUAUAUGCAAUAAUAUAAAUAUGUAUAUACAUUGCAUAAAAGAAAUGUGAGUAUGAAAUCACAUUUGUGUAACUAUGAAUUAUGAAUUAAUAAUUGGCCUGAUGAAUUAAGCAAUUAUACGUUUAUGCACCGCACAAUCAUUACACAACUUAUAAGCACAAAUUUUAAGCAAAGAAAAAGAAUAUUAAUUUAAAAUUUUAUAUAAUAAUUUAUGAGUAUUAUAAAGCUAUAAUCAAAGUACUGCAGUACAUUAUGGACAAGAAAUAUCGCGUAUUAUAUUUAAAUUUUAAAUAGUUAUAAAAUAAAACUAAAUGUAAAAAUAAAAUGCAUUGAUACAUGUAUAUUAACUAUUAAUGUACAUGUAUAUAUAUAUAUAUGCAUAUUAUAUGUAUUUUUUGUAUACGUAAAUAUUUAUAUAUUUAAAUUUAUUGCUUAUAUUUGUCGCGUAUCUAAACAGUGUAAUUUUUAAAAAAAGAAUUUAAAUUAAUUAAUAUUCUAAUUUACCAGCCUAAACUGCUGUUUAACUAUAUAUCAUCAAUUUCCCUGAACCUCUGAAAAUUUUUGAACUACAAAUUUAAUAAAAGAAAAUUAAUUUAUAAUGAGAUAUUUUAUCGGAAAUUAAUAAUAUCAAUUUAACUGUUAACAAUUUAUUUAUUUACAAUAGAUGGAUUCUAAAAUAUUUUAACAUCUUUCCUCUUCAGAAAAACAAAAAAUUAGCUAUCGUUUAUUAAUAAAUCUAUACAUUUUUUUAUAUAUUUUUACAUGAAUCAUCAGUAAGCAUUGAGUUUAUAAUCAUUAAAAUUGGCAAUUCAAAUUUAAUCUUAAUUUAAAAAAUUAGAUUAUAUUGUCACAAUCUGAGCUAAGAUUUACGUAACAGCAUUACACAAAAUAAUAUUAUAUAAAUAAUACAGAAAAAAAUAUUAUUUACUAUUUAUAAAUAGAAUCUCAUCUUUGUUUGAUAUCAUUUAAUAUUUUUAUUUAAUAAUAAUAAAUUGAAAACAAUAUAUUUUUUUAUUAAUCGCAUCUCUUAGCUCAGUGACAUAAUAAUUUAAUAAAUAUAAAGGUAUUGUAUAAGGUGCUAUGUAUAAAUAUAAAUACAAGUUUUAGGUUCAGGGACCAAUAAAAGAGCUAAUUGCUCUAUGCAGCAGUCUUCUAAAUAAUUGGUUUGAUUUGGAUAAAGUAUACUGAUUAGAAAUAUAGCAGUAUUUUUACAAAUGCUAUUAUAUAAAUUCCUGCUUGAUUUUUAUACAUACCUUUUUAUUGGCUACUUUUUUAAAUGGCUUUGUAAUUUUCAGUAUACUUUAUGCAGAGCUUUACCACGAUAUAUGUUCCUUACAAGCAAAUCAUUAAUAAUGUCUUUUCAAGAAAAUAUUAAUUAAAGACAUUAUAAUUAUUAUAAAUAUCGUAAUUGUUAUUGUUGUUGUUAUUGUUAUAAAAAAAAAGUAUUAACUUUUAACAAACUUGUCAUAUAGCAAUGCGUGCCAGAACUGAAGCUUUCUUUUGAUAUAGAUCUAUUUAAUAAUUAACUAAUAACUAUACAAAGCAAAAUGAAACACAAAAAUUAUAUUUUUGGCUAAUUUAAUUUUCUAUGCAAUAUAUUGAUGUCACUAUUAUUACUGCAAACUUUGAUUACCUUUUGCAAUAUAUAAUUUUUUAAAAAUAAAUUAUGAAACAAAAUAUAAAAAUAGAACUAUAUAUAUUGUGUCAUUCUUAUAUAAAAAUAAAGAAAAAUAAGAAAUUUAUUUCUAUAUUAAAAAAACUUAUACAUGAUUUCAAUAUUAAUUUAAAAUCAAAAUUUUCAUUAUUCAUUACAACGAAAACAAAAGACGAAAUAUAAAAUUAUACAAAAGGCAGCAUAGAUGUAUGAUAUUACAUAAUUAAUUUAUUAAUUUAAUUAUCGAUAUUCAAACACGAAAUAUUUUGAUUAAAAUAAAGUGUUUCGUUUUCACAUUCCAUAAGUUUAAUUAUGUGAAAAAAAUAUUUAUUAGAUUAAUUUUCAAUGAAUUGUAGAUAUUUAUUUAUAUGAUAUUUAAUAACUAUACCAAAAAAUUUGUUAAUUUAUUAUAUAGUUCAUUUGAUUGAUUAAUAUAAUAGAUUUAUACAAUUCUAAUGACAGUCAAUAUAAUAGCAGCCUUAUAAGAUAAAAAACAAGGAAAAUUUUAUUAAAAGAUAAUCUUAAGCUUUAAUAUUCUGAGGCUACAUUCUAUUUUAGAAAGUAUAUAAUAUAAAAAAAUUUAUGCAAAAUAAAAUGAAUUAAAAGCUAUAGAAAAUUUAAAUAUAUUAUAAGAACUAGUAUUAAUAAUUUUGAUUUUUCAGCAAAGCACACUUAGAUGUAAAUACGUAUAUGUUUUUAGCUUAAAUUUAUAAAAGAAAAAUAUAAACUGCAUAGUUCAAACAAAAAAGAAAUAAAGGCUGUAAAUAUAUUGAAUUUGAUACAUAAAAAACAUUUAUAUCUAGCUCUAAUUGCAAAAAUGCAUACCUAUUUUCAUAUGAUUAUAAAUUAAACUUUUAAUGUAAUUAUAUUAUAUCAUUAUUAGGCAAUUUUUUUCAUUAAGUUUUAUAAUGUUUUUAAUAAGUAAUUUUCAAUGACGAAAUAACGAAAUGUAAUUUCAAAGAAUAUGUACAUAUAAAUAUGUUUUGCUUAAUUUGAUGUAACAAAAUCUGCAUUUAAAAUUUACAUACUAAAAAUAUAUCAUACAAUAAAUGAAAUUGUUCUAUUAUUUUUAUAAAUUAAUUAUAUACAUUAUUAAUUUUUAUAAAUUAUAAAAAUAUAAAAGCAUAUUAUUAUAUUUUUAAUUUUCCAUAUUGCCAAUUUCAAAAAGUAUAAACUACUUUGUGAUAAAUAUAAAUGUAUAUAUGUAAUAUACAUAUGUUUUGAUAUUACAAAUAUACAUCAAAUAUAAUCAAAACAAUAGAUUUUAUUCAAAAUUUUUUAAAUAUUCUUAUAUCUGAAAUUGUGAUCUGAAAUAAUGAUAAUAUUAUUUUUUUCAAUAAAUUUAAAAUAAAUUUUUUAUUAUUUAUAAGAACAUAAAAAUAAUUAUAAUUCAAAAAACAAAUUGAAAUUGUCUAGAUAUAUUAAUAUUAUAAUAUUAUAAAAAUUUCCUUCUUAAUGAGGUAAUAAUAUAAUUGUACAAAAAUUAUAAUUAAUUAAAACAAUAUUAAAUUUAUUACAAUUGAAAUAAAAUUAUGAAAUCAUUAAUUAAAAUAAUUUCUUUGAUACUGUCAAAAUAAUAAUCUCUAAUAAUUUUAUAAAAAUGUUAAUAUUUUACACUAAUAUAAAAAAAUGUGUUCUGUCUAUUAUAAUUUUGUAAAAAAAGUUAGCACUUUUCUUCUUUAUAUUAAUAUUGAAACAUAAAGAAAGAAAAUGAAAAUAUUAUUAUAUAAUAUAAAAAAAUAUUGUUUUAUGAUAAAUGCAAAUUUUAUACGAUUAUAAUGUAGCGGAACUCCAUACCAAAAUUUAACAUUCAUUGAUAUGUAAAAAAUUUUGUAAUAUUAAUGUAUCAUUCUAUAAAACUUUAAAUUGCAAAAAAAUAAAUAAAUAUAGUUGUUUAAUAAAUAACAUAUAAAA